CCUGUCUCCUCCGCCGUCUGGUCGCUAGCCGCGGAGCUGCUGUGAUUUGUAUCCGCUCUCAUCAUCAGCCACGCGGGGAAGGUAGAGCCGACCUGUGCGGAGGAUCCAGCGUGGAGGUCUGUAGCCGGAGGAUGUGGUGACUCCUUCUGUUGCAGCAGUGAGACAGCAUCUUUACCCGGUGACACACCAUUAUCAGCCCGCGUGGACCAGCCCCCCCAGGACACCAUGUCGGAUAAAAGUGACCUAAAAGCCGAGCUCGAGCGCAAGAAGCAGCGCCUCGCCCAAAUCAGGGAGGAAAAAAAGAGAAAGGAGGAGGAGAGGAAGAAGAAAGAGGUAAGGAAGAAAUCUGAGAUCCAGCAGAAGGCAGAGGUGACCCCAGAGGAUUCAGACUUGGAUCGUAAGCGCAGGGAGACCGAGGCCCUCCUACAGAGCAUCGGUAUAUCACCAGAGCCUCCACUAGUCCCGACCCCUGUGUCCCCCGCAAAAUCAUUGAGCACGCCCAGCGAGACUGGGAGCCAGGACUCAGUAGAUGGAGUUGCCACCGGCAGGUCAGAGUUCUCUAAAAACAAGUCCCAAGCACAUAUCGCAAGGACACUGCAGUGGGACACCGACCCCUCUGUGCUGCAGCUGCAGGCGGAUUCUGAGCUCGGACGGAGGAUGCAGAAGCUGGGGGCCUCCAAGAUCACACAGGUAGACUUCCUUCCCAAAGAGGUGGUCGCUUACUGCAAAGAGACGCAGACGCCGCUCGCCGCCCACCUGUCUGAAGUAGAGGAGGAGGAGGAAGAUGAGGAGAUGAUGGAGGCCAAGCCAGGCCCCGAGUCAGAGCAGCCGGAUGAAGACGACAACAAAGAAAACAAAGAAGGCUCAUUUCCGGUGCUGAGGGAGCUGACAGAGGAAGAGCGGCAGCAGAUCCUUCACUCCUCUGAGUUUCAGAGUUUCUUUGACUGCAGCAUCCGAGUGAUGGAGAGAGCUCUGGCCGAAGACAGCGACAUCUUCUUUGACUACAGCGGCCGAGACCCGGAGGACAAAGAGGGAGACUCUGGUAGUGGCUCCAGUCUCUCUUUCAGUCGACUCUUCUACGAUGAACACUGGUCGAAACAUCGCGUCGUCACCUGUCUCGACUGGUCCCCUCAGUAUCCAGAGUUGAUGGUUGCCUCCUACAACAAUAAUGAAGAUGCUCCUCAUGAGCCGGACGGUGUUGCCCUCGUGUGGAACACCAAAUUUAAGAAAGCCACACCUGAGUACAUCUUUCACUGUCAGUCUCCAGUGGUGUCUGUGGGCUUCGCCAGGUUUCAUCCCAACCUGGUGGUGGGGGGGACGUACUCGGGGCAGAUUGUGCUGUGGGACAACCGCAGUCACCGCCGGACGCCUGUGCAGAGGACUCCCCUGUCUGCUGCUGCACAUACACACCCGGUGUACUGCAUAAACGUGGUCGGCACCCAGAAUGCCAACAACCUGAUCACAGUGUCCACGGACGGCAGGAUGUGCUCCUGGAGUCUGGACAUGUUGUCGCAGCCGCAGGAGACCAUGGAACUGGUGUACAAUAAAUCCAAACCGGUGGCGGUGACAGGCAUGGCCUUCCCCACGGGAGACGUUAACAACUACGUGGUGGGGAGUGAGGAGGGCACAGUUUACACUGCAUCCAGACACGGCAGUAAGGCAGGUAUCUGUGAGAUGUUCGAGGGCCACCAGGGGCCAGUGACGGGCGUCAGCUGUCACGGCGCAGUGGGCACGGUGGACUUCUCCCACCUCUUCAUCACAUCAUCAUUCGACUGGACUGUCAAACUCUGGAGCACCAAGCAAAACAAGCCCCUGUACUCGUUUGAGGACAACGCAGACUACGUGUAUGAUGUCAUGUGGUCACCUGUGCACCCCGCCCUCUUCGCCGCCGUGGAUGGCAUGGGUCGCUUGGACCUGUGGAACCUCAACAAUGACACUGAGGUACCAACAGCUAGCGUGACCAUUGAAGGGGCGUCGGCCCUCAACAGGGUCCGCUGGGCCUCAGGAGGGAAGGAGGUGGCUGUGGGCGACUCAGAGGGACGAGUGUGGAUCUACGAUACUGGAGAGCUAUCCGUGGCCCACCCAGACGACUGGGGCCGCUUCGCCCGCACCCUGAUGGAGAUCCGUGCCAACCGGGCGGACGGCGAGGAGGAGGGUCCUAUGGAGCUGGAUUCGUAG